AUGCAAGAGGAGAUUCGAAAUGUUCAGGUUUUCUUGCAUGAGGAUGUUGCUGACUGCAUAGUGUGGAGCGGGGAUGCCUCGGGUGAGUACACGGCAAGGUCGGGUUAUGGCUGGCUUCGUGAGCGAGCGUGCGCUGCGAUGGGGGGGCCUCUGCAGCGGUCGUGGGCUUGGAUUUGGAAGCUUCACGCCCCCUUCAAGGUGUGUUUCCUCAUAUGGCUCUUGGCUCGCAAUGCUCUGCCCACUAAUGCUUUGAGGUUUCACAGGAACAUGGCCCCGUCGCCGGUUUGUGGGAGGUGCCAUUUGUACCCGGAAAGGCCGAUCCACUGCAUGCGGGAUUGCGUUCAUGCCCAGCGAGUUUGGACGAGCUUGGGGCUGAGUGUGCCAGCUACACCGGGGUGUAGUAGUAGAGUGGAUCUUGAGUUUGAAAGAAUCGUACCAGAAGGGCCGAGUCGUGCUAAUCAUCGGCCGGUGAGGGAGGUGGCGUGGACUCCGCCGGGGGAGAAUGAGGUCGCGGUUAACUGUGAUGGUAGUAAGGGGGAGGCGCAGCAUAACAGUGGCUACGGUGGUUGCUUGAGGGAUAAUCAUGGAACGUGGUUGGGAGGUUUCAUGGGCUUUGGGCAUGAUGCCUCAGUCUUGGCGAUGGAGCUCUUGGCGGUGUUCAAGGGGUUACAGUUGGCUUGGGAUGGGGGAUUCCGAAGGGUGGUGUGUUUUACUGACUCAUUGCUUGCGGUGUCUUUGAUCCUUCGCCCUCCUUCGGAGUUCCAUGAGAAUGCGGCGAUUAUUAGAGCCAUUGGGGAUCUUUUGAAUCGUAGUUGGGAGGUCCAUUUACAGCAUACUCUUCGCGAGGGGAAUUUCUGUGCAGAUUUUUUGGCUAAGGCGGGUGCCCGACAGCAGAGUGAGUACCUUCCUGUGAUGACCCUUUUGCUAGAUCCACCUUCUUUUGAGACAGUGACACUUUUAUUGGCAUUGGCUAGAAAAUUGGAUCAUAUGGUUGAUAUACACUUGAGGUGUUAG